AUGGACGCCUCCUCCAUGCCUUCUAAGUACACGUGCCUGAAGCCUGCAGCGAGACAGCACCAUGUUACACACCUCAUCAGCAGGAGACCAAGGAGAUGGACCACCUCCUCAUCAGCAGGAGACCAAGGAGAUGGACCACCUCCUCAUCAGCAGGAGACCAAGGAGAUGGACCACCUCCUCAUCAGCAGGAGACCAAGGAGAUGGACCACCUCCUCAUCAGCAGGAGACCAAGGAGAUGGACCACCUCCUCAUCAGCAGGAAACCAAGGAGAUGGACCACCUCCUCAUCAGCAGGAGACCAAGGAGAUGGUGGUCGAUUUCCAAACAUUGA